UUAUCAUUUCCCUGGGUCUGCUUCAACAGUUUGUACCUUGGUGUACAAACAAACAUUUAAUUAGUCUUCCUCAUUCAAUCCGGGAUCAUACGAGGGCCCACCCUCCAACGGCCAUAUCUUGCCUGCCUUCAAAAAAAACUUUCUUCCCUAUAAACGCCAUUUUUACCUGAUUCAGGGCAAUUGCAAUUUGCAAAGCCCCACAACAAACGGCAUUUCUCCCCCAAUUUUGUGGUUCCAUUACUUAUUCAUCCAUACGUAAAUGGCGGAGGCUUUCGAGGCGGCGGUGGAGGACGGGCUGCACCUCUCCAAGAGGGUGUACUUCGGCAGGGACCGGGCGGUGGCGCCGCCCAAACCCCCGACGGCUAUGGAGAGGGCCGCCGGCCUCUCGUUCCUCCCCAAAUCCCCGAUGCUCUACGCCGUGAUCGUCGACCCGGCCAUGGUGGACAACCCGGACAUGCCGAGCUACCAGCCGCACGUGCACGGGAGGUGCGACCCCCCGGCCCUAAUCCCUCUGCAGAUGAACGCGGUCUCGCUCGAGGUGGAUUGCUUUCUCGACACCGCCUUUGUCACGCUGAGUGGCACUUGGCGCGUGCACUGCGUCAUGGGCAGCCGCAGUUGUGAUUGCCGCCUCGCGGUUCCCAUGGGUGAGCAGGGUUCAAUUCUAGGUGUUGAGGUUGAGUUGCCUAGAAAAACAUAUAGCACUCAACUAGUUCCCAUGGAGGACGAAGAAGGAACAGAAAAGGUCACAAAAAUUGAAGAUGGAGGAUUUUUGAAACCUCAUAUAUACACUCUUAAAAUUCCACAGAUUGAUGGCGGAACCAAUGUAUCAGUUAAACUAAGAUGGUCUCAGAAGUUAAUGUAUCAUGAUGGAGAAUUAACCUUAAAUGUUCCAUUUAGCUUCCCUGAGUAUGUAACUCCAGCUGCAAAGAAGAUCUCUAAACGGGAAAAGAUACAGUUGAAUGUUAAUGCUGGUCCUGGGACAGAAGUUCUUUGCAGAACAGCUUCUCAUCCUUUAAAGGAACGGCAACGACAAGCAGGGAAGCUGGGCUUCUUACAUGAAUCUGAGGUUCUUUCAUGGUCGAACAUUGAUUUUGUAUUCACAUACAAUGUAUCUUCAAGUCAUACUGUUGGCGGUGUACUAUUGAAUCCUUCAAUGGUACAUGAUGUAGAUCAUAGAGAUGCGUUCUGUUGCUACCUUUUCCCAGGCAAGCAGCAGAAUAUAAAGAUUUUCAGGAAAGAAGUGGUGUUUGUUGUUGAUAUAAGCAGUAGCAUGAAGGGAAAACCACUUGAAGAUACCAAAACUGCUUUAUUUGCCGCACUUGCCAAGCUUGAUACCAAGGAUUUGUUUAACGUAAUUGCAUUCAAUGGAGAAACUUACCUAUUUUCCUCAACUCUGGAAGAGGCAACUGCAAAAGCUAUUGAAAGUGUCACUCAGUGGAUCAAUGUGAACUUUCUAGCUGGUGGAGACACAAAUAUUCUACUUCCUCUAAAUCAGGCUAUUAAAAUGUUAUCAGAUAGUAGCAACUCAAUUCCAAUUGUUCUCCUCAUUACUGAUGGGGCUGUGGAAGAUGAGAGAAAUAUUUGUGGUAUGGUGAAAAGUCUGUUAACAAGCCAAAAGAAUGUCAGUCCAAGAAUAUACACACUGGGCAUUGGUUCUUUCUGCAACCAUUAUUUUCUGCGGAUGCUCGCAACAAUUGGUAGGGGGCAUCAUGAUGUUGUUAGUGAUGUGGAUUCUGUUGAGGUUCGAAUUGGAGGACUAUUUGCCCGGGCAUCAUCUAUAUUUCUUUCAAAUAUCACAUUUUAUAAUCUUGAUAAUCUUGAUGAUCUUGAGGUGUUUCCUUCUCAAGUUCCAGAUCUUUCAUCUGAAAGCCCGUUAAUUGUGUCCGGAAGAUACCGCGGUACAUUCCCGGAAACCCUUAAGGUCAAUGGUGUCCUUGCAGAUAUGAGCAAAUUUACAAUAGACCUGAAGAUAGAAGAGGCAAAGGAGAUACCAGUUGGCAAGAUAGUGGCCAAGCAACAGAUUGAACUUCUUACAGCUGAGGCCUGGUUUUCAGAAAGUGUGGAGCUCUCGGAGAAGAUUGCCAAAAUGAGCAUUCAGCAUGCUAUUGUUUCCGAAUACACAAACAUGGUUUUGCUCGAGACCCAGAGAGGAAAAACAAUUGCCAAUUCAACUGUUGCAAAGAAGGUUUCCAGCAAAGUUAAUGCUCACAAGAUGGAGGACCCGAAGCCUCAGAGGGUACUAAUCCUGCGCAAUUUAGGGCUCGGUUUUGGCAACCUAACUGCAACUCACGACAAUAUUCCACCCGGAUUAGGCGAUGUGAAGCAGCUUGAUGCGGGCGAGGUUUUUGCACGAGCGGCCUCAAACUGCUGCGGAAGGCUCUGCAAUCACUGCUGCUGCAUGUGCUGCAUCCAGACGUGUUCACGGAUAAAUGACCAGUGUGCCAUUGCCCUUACGCAGUUGUGUGGGGCCCUCGCUUGCCUAGGCUGCUUUGCGUGCUGCGAUGGGGAAUGAUGGGUGGGGCUUACAAGAACAUAUUGUGACAUGAUGAUAUAUAAAAGAUUUUUUUUUUUAAUUUAUAUAUUUUUUACAAUGACUUUUGGUUUAGUGUGAAAUUUGUGUGUUGUAUAG